AUGACCAGCGCGAAGCACAUCCACGUCAAGGACCUCGACGACUGGGCCAACCGCCUGCACGCGCAACCACAACGACCACUGCUCAUACACCUCAACGCAGACACAACAUGGCUCGUCCAGAUCCCAUACCCAUCUUCAGCAGUCCCCCCCAGCGGUCGCACACAUUACAACGUCCUCGUCGACCCGUGGCUGCAGGGCCCUCAGAGUGACGUCGCCUCUUGGUUCAGCACGCAAUGGCACGUUGUGCCCCCCGGCGUCGCGACAAUAGCCGAGUUAAAUGUCAUCCUACGAGAUCUCGAGGCGCGACGAGCAGACGGGGAUUUUGCAGGCGACAGUCUCGUCGAUCUAGUGGCCAUAUCGCACGAGUUCACGGACCACUGCCACAGAGCGACGUUGGAAGAGUUACCCCCGACCACGCCCAUCUUCGCCACCGACGUCGCUGCCGACCUCAUAAGAGGGUGGACGCACUUUGACACCGUAGUCACCACGCCUGCGCUCGGGGAUGGCGUCGACUGGACAAGGCUAACAGUCGGGAGCCUGCCGCCCUGGCUCGCGAUUGGGAGGGUCACCACCCCCGGCAACGCGCUCUACUACCACUCCGCCGUCUUCAUCGCCUUUGACCUCGCAGGCCAGGGGACCGCUGAGGCCGUCAUCUACUCCCCCCACGGUAUUGAGAGCGAGGACCUCCUCGCGCUGUCCGCGUCGGGCAUCAGCGCGCUCGCCCUGCUCCACGGUCUGCACGACGUGAGCAUCUGGAUGACCAAGCAGCUCAACCUCGGGGCGCUCAAUGGUCUGCGCGCCGUGCGUGCCUGCGGCGCAAAGUACUGGAUUGCGACGCACGAUGAGGUUAAGACGGGCGGCGGUCUCAUCGCACCGUUCCUGCGGCGGGUGCCGUAUUCCGUCAAGGAGGCUGUGGCGCACCAGGAGAAGCAGAUGCGGCAGCAAGAGGGCAAAGCGCCAGAGUACGAAUUCGUCGAGCUGGGCUCGGGUGAUGGGUUUCUUUUGGACUAA